GCACAAGCGAAAGAAGCAAGCAGUACGGAAUCUAAAAGUGAUGGUGCUUUAUAUAGCAAGGAAGAAGUUGCAAAGCACAACUCUUAUGAAAAAGGCAUCUGGGUAACAUACAAAGGCCAAGUGUAUGACAUUACAGAGUUUAUCGCCAGCCAUCCAGGGGGGCCAAGCAAGAUCGUUUUGGCGGCUGGUGGUGCAUUGGAGCCUUUCUGGGCUCUGUAUGCUGUACACAAUAACCAGCAUGUUCUAGACUUGUUGGAUGAUUACAGGAUUGGCUCAUUAGCGAAAGAUGAGAGCUCCAGUGACACGUCUGAUAUCAAGGUGAGGUUUUAA